CUGGUUCAUACUCUCAAGUUGUUUUCAGAUUCAGCGUCUCCAAACUGAUAGCUCUCGCGCACGAUCAAGAGUACUUAUCGCCACAUUUCUCGUAACCUCUCAUACGUGUCAGGCCUGGUAUAUCCUCUGGCUGUUUACCACGUUCGAUUACUGGAUGGGUGAAUAGCGUCCAGUCGUUCGAUUUGACUCAAGAGUGCGUAGUCUGCAAGCACAGUACCCCCUACUUAACUCCGAUAUCGCUCUCCGCAAGCGACAUGACCAUCGAGAUGAACGGGCAGGACAUUGGCGGAGAAGAGCGCGUCGCAAGUCCGGAAGUCUCUGAUUCAGUUGGCAUGGGACACACCGGGGCGGUCCUCUCGUGCCAAUCUUAUCCAGAUGAUGUCCUAUUCGAGAUAUUUGCGUUCGCCUGUUCCACGAGCGAGAUCACCGCUUCUACGUCGACCCCUAUGGCUUUAUCCCACGUCUCUCGAUCCUGGCGGGCGGUAGCACUCAGCUAUCCUGUCCUAUGGUCGGGAAUCCGAAUCUUGAGCUCGGCGGACCACAAUUGGACGGACCCGGAGGGCCUCGCGCGACUGCUCAAAUUGUAUCUUGCGCGGUCAUGCUCGGCUCCGCUCGAUAUAUGUUAUCUGUCCGGCACUUUCGCCGUUGACUUCAAGGCCAUCAUCCACUCCCUAUUACCCCAUUCCACGCGCUGGCGCAGCAUUCUCACUCGAACACGCACGCUUCCCGCCCUGUUGGCCGCGCGCGGCCGCUUGCCGCUUCUCAAGAGCGUGAGGAUCAUCGACGAACAGUUCGAAGGCUGCAGCGAGGCGCUUGAUGUCCUCGCUUGCUCUCCACGCCUUACGAGAUGGGACUCUGAAUACACGAGGACAGAGCAGCUGGCCCUCCCGUGGGCGCAGCUAACGGAUCUCGACUUUACAGUAGACGGUGAAUAUCCGCUGUGGCUGACGUCCUUGGCGCCACGAAUGGCUUCGCUGCGACGCGUCGCGGUCCGCAUCAAGAAUACACCCCCAUAUUUGCACAUAUGGUCGCUCGUGGAGAAAGGCAGCAUUGUCUGGCCUGCAUCCCUCGAGGAAAUCCGAGUUGUUUGCACGCGCACCGACCCGGACUUCAUUAUGCACGGCAGCACCUUCUCGCCCAACUUGCGCGUCCUCUCUGUAGAGGUUCGUCCUCACACCUUUCAAUAUCAAUCUGGUGUAUCUGGGUGGCGGAGCGAUUCAUUUGUAGAUCUGGCGGAGCGCUCGGGCUUUCGCCAAGGCCUUCGGGUGCUCCGGCUAAGGAACAUUCGCCUCCAGAAGUUGGACUUUGUGCGCAUUCAAAUGGCCGCGCAGCGCGUCAGUCUGGAGCUCUGAUACAGGAAGGGGGCUGGAGGGGAUUGCGCGAGCUCACGGCAUCUCCCUCAUCAGGACGGUUGCUGUUGUCCAAGGUGAUACAAUUUCCCGGGUACAUAUCAGAUGGAAGAAGGAAUAGUAAUAGGGUCUUCGGAGCGCUUGAUUACUUAUGGUAGACGGUGUGAUGUACAUGCAGAAAUUGAUAGCCUAUACCGCGGAUUUUGGCCCCCCGCGUUUGCCAGAAUAGAUGGCCAUUGUCGCGUCGCACAAUUGGGGAUCAUUCGCAUCGGACCCAGCGAGCAGGUAUGGCGAGCGUGAUCCACCCGUCUUGGUCAAUAUGCUUGAACUGCACUUGGUAAGCGAGGUCGUAGCUCGUGCCGACGGCGCAUUCAACGCGUCCGCGCCAUCCG